AUGGACAAAUUAAAGGAGCUUGAUGCUGAAACCUGGCAAGAGAAGGCGGACGAAUAUUCCGCCAAGAUCAAGGAGUUGGAACAAAAAGAUUUGGAGAAAGACAACCAGAUCCAAGCUUUGACCAGAAAGAACCAGGUGUUGGAGGAGGAUUUGGAGAAGGCCGAGUCUGAGCUGAGCGACUUGAAGAAAGUUGCAGGUGACGCUCACCAAUUGAAGGCCGCCAACGACAACUACACCAAGAAACACUCCAUGUUGGAGGAAGAGUUGGAGGCAUCUGACGCCAACUUGAAGGAAACCACCGCCAAGCUGAGAGAGACCGAUGUUCGCGCAGAGACUCUUGAAAAGAAGGUUACGUCUUUGGAAAGUGAAAAGGCUGAUUUGGAGACUAAGUUCGAGGAGUUGGAGGCCAAAUACAAGGCUGCACAACAAGAGUUGGAGUCGAUCAGCGCGCAAUUGGAGGCCAUCUAA